AUGUUAAACAGGUUUCCGGUUCGUUUUAAAAUAGGUCAUAGAUACUCGCCUGUCAACUGUCUUCUGUGUUGCACCACGUUACUAAAAGUCACCUAUUAACAUUAACAUUCUGGCGUGAAAUGAACACCUGAUUAACACAAAAUAGACUGGAAAUUGAUCAACAAAAACGACUGAAGCAAACCAUGAACAUCAGAAUAACCUGGUCCAAGACAACUUAAAGCAUGACCCAUCAGAGGCAGACAUGGAUGAGAUCUUGAAAUGUGGGAUAUGCCGGUCGGAACUCUCUGACCCCAGACAGCUUCAAUGUGGCCACGUGUUUUGUUUCGAAUGCAUAGACACGGACUUUAAAAUACGAGACAGGAACAAUGGAAAAUGUCCAAUAUGUCGGGCAGAUUUUUGGCUUAAUCCUUGUAGGGACACAGAAUCUUUACCAAAAUGUCCGAUACCAUUUCUUCACAUCCUGUCGAUUAGGAAAAGCCCGGAACAGUGCUGUGAGUACCCCGAGUGUGAGCGAAGGCCUGCGCCAUUUAUAUGUGUUAGGUGUCGACUAUGGUUGUGUGAUACUUGCAAGUCCACGACAUGCACCAAAAAUAAAAAUCCGCUUCGCAUGCAUGAGGCUUUUCAACAACACGAACUGGAGCCCACUCUGUUUGACAUCGUCAAGAGAAGCAGACACAAUGUGUGCAGAGAACAUUCGCAGAUUGACGUUGAAUGGUAUUGCAAUCGUUGUAAUACACUGGCCUGCAACUUGUGCAAAAUAAACCUACACGAAGGUCAUGGUUCGUUGAUGGCAAUGGACGCUAAAGUGCAUGAAUGUCGUGCUGAGUUGGAGAAGACUAUUAUAUUAUUAAAGGAGAAACAGAACGAACACACGAAAAACAAAUAUACGCUAACAAAGUUGAUAAGUUCAUGUUGUAAGGAGUUUGUGAAUGUGAGACACUGUCACACGGCUUUAGAUCAUUGCAACAUUGGAUGGGAAGAGUGCGAAAAACUCAUACUUUUGAUCUCUAAAUUGUUGGGAUAUGGAUCGAUGAAAGUUAUAAUAGAAACGUCCUUGCACUUGGAAGAACGGAUAAAGACGGAGCUAGAAAAACGUCUGUUACUUGAAAAAGUACGCGAGGUACUUUUGACUUCUUCGGUGAAGAUAAAACCGGAAGCAACGGACGUUAAAAUAGUCGACGAUGAACAGAUGCAGAGAAAUGAUGAUGCCUGUGAACACGACGACAUUGAGCCAUCCGUUGCUCUUUGCGGCGAUGCGUGUGAGUCCUUGGUCUGUACGAGUGAAGAGGGCGUUAUCUGGCUCUGUGUGUGGUGUAGGAAAUGGUUGUGUGGCAACUGUAAGAUGGCGCCCUGCACAAUGGGGCGUCUCACUGAUGAAUCUCACACAGCAUGGAAUGCAUCAGACAUCGAUCCGGCACUGUAUGCUAUUGUGACGAGGAGCAGAUGUUCCUCGUGUACGACACAUCCCGAAAAUGACGUAGAGUCGUACUGUUGCGAGUGCCAUGUGAUAGCGUGCAGGUUGUGUUGUCACAGGCACGAGCAUCACGAAGUGGUUACCAUCACGACCAAGGCAGAUUCAUACAAGGAAAACAUAGAGGAAAAGACAAAAGAAUUAAGAAAAAAAGUAGCAGAAUAUUUAAUAACUAAAUGCAAAGUGUCAAAAAUCCAAGGUGGCUGCCAUUUUAAAAUAUUAAAAUCCAAAUAUUUUGUAAGUGUCACCAGUGAGUGUAUUUUGAGAAUGAAUAAAUGUGAUAAUUUGAACAAAACUCUUCACUUUCUUCUUCAAUACGCGUCGGAAAGAGUGAUCGUGGAAACGUUUGAUAAGAUAGAAAGUGAGAUAGAGGAAGAAUUACAGAAGGAUCCCUCCGACAAUUUAUCGGAGUUACGUCACGUGAUCAAUUCUUUAAGCGGCACACUAAGCCAAGCUAUUGGAGAUGAAGACACUGCCCUUGCGAAAACAUCUGGCUUACAAAGUACAAAGCAAACAGUAUUCGAGUGAGUCGGUCAUUUCCUUGCAAUGUACAUGAACUCUUUUGGAUGAGACAAUUUUAGUUCGAACACUGUUAAUCUUAUAUCAGCUGACAGCACCCAAAUUUGAUCACCAAACCAUGAUUGAUUACAUUCAUUGAAAAAUCAGAAGAUGAAUUGUACUCAUUUAAAGUUGUAUGAAAAGUAUAUUUUUCAUCAUCAUAUAACUUUGCUGAUUUACUUUAGAAUAUGCUUGAAUGCAAAUAUUUCUAUAUGUAUAUUGUAUACGUUUUGCUGAAUUCAGUGAAUUUGGCAAUGGCAUGCAUAACUUUUGCUAAAUUCAGAUUUACCAGUAAAAAUAAGCAUGCAUAUAUAACCAUUCUUAAAUCGGUUAAAGUAAUAAAAUCUAGCUUUGAUGAUUUCUGCACUAGCGCUUAAAGAAUAAACAAUCAAAUGUGAUUUAUUUCUCACAUCUCUGCAGAUUCACUCCAAAAUAAAAAAAAAUAUGCAUGAUUGUUUACCGAACUCAUGAGGUUUGCAUAAUUCUAUAUAAAUGAUAUAUUGUACUCGUUGACCCUGUAUUGCGUAUCUGUAAGUAAUA